AUGCGGCAUGAAAAUCAGAUGUCUCAGUUGUCUAUUUGCAUCGCCGAAAAGCUUGCUACUUUACCAUCUACACCCUAUAAACCUUACCUGUUCAAAAUAAACGAUGCACUACGUAGAGAAAACAGUGAAGCAUACGAACCAGAAAUAGUAGCAAUUGGUCCUUAUCACCGCGGCAAAGUUAAGCUACAAAUGAUGGAAGAACACAAACUAUUUUACCUGCAAGAGUUGCUUAAACGGAGAAAUGAGUUGAGUGUGGAUAUGUAUGUCAUAGCCAUGCAAGAAUUGGAACAAAAAGCUAGAAAGGGAUGA